AGGAGUUGACAUGCUCGAUCCCGGAUUGUGGGUGGAGCCCUCGGAUCAUGGAUGGAUGCAAGCAGCAGAUGCUCGGCUGACUCAGCGGGAGAGAUGCAAUAAGGAAUGCCGAACAACGGAUGCCUCGUAUUCCUGGCGGUCAAGGAUUAACUCGGGCCCGAUUUGCACUGCAUGACAUUCCAUUCGGCGAGUCAGUUGGGAUAUGCAGAACAUUACUAAGCGAGUCACAUUUCCUUAUGCAGUGUCUACGAGGGGCAAUAUCUGAUAGAACCCGACGGAGGGGCUUGAGCCGACAAGAAAUUGUGAUCGUGAUACAGGCAUGUCUUGACAUAGUCUUAGGUCCCAGCCAUUGACUUACAAGCAGGAUUCUCCACAGUUGAUGGAAACCCAUCAAUCUGAUAGCAGGAGAACACACAAGCGAUAGAGAGGUCUU